AUGAAGAAGUUCGGCUUCGGCAAGAAAGGCGGCGACGAAGGCGACGAUGCCAAUCGCUCCGCCCUCUUCGGCCGAAAGAGCAAGUCUCCUGCUCCGGGCAACGACAAUCCCUACGCACAAGCUCCGGCUGGCGGCGAUCCCUACGCACAGGAUGCGAAUAAGUACGCCGGCAUGACACCCUAUCAACGAGCACGAGCCGGAGUGCCCAUCAAUGGUGAUGCCCCCGGCGGCCUUCCUGGCGGCCCGAGGGCUGGUGGUGGCUACGGUGCCCCGCCACAGCCUGCCGGUGGCUACGGGAACGAAAAGUACGGCGCCGCAGGAGGAUACGGGGCGAAUCGCUACGACGACAACCAGAACGCCUACGGCGCGAAUCAGCGAUCAGGUGCUAAUGGUGGAGCUCGCGGACCCGGAGGUUACGGAGGCUUGGGCCGAACCAACAGUGACAGCACCGAUGCUGUGCGUGACGAACUUUUCAGCGGGGCUCAAAACAGAUACCAACAGAAUAAGCCGCCGGCUGAAGGGUACGGCCAAUCGACCCCGUCUGGUGCUGAUGGGGGAUACGGCGGAUAUGGAGCCACUCGCGAGCUCACAGCCGAAGAGCAAGAAGCAGAAGAAUACCGCGCUACCAAGGCACAGAUCAAGGAUGUCAGAAAUCAGUCUCUUCAGACCACCCAAAGAAUGCGUCAAAAUGCGAGCAAUAUUGAGGACAUAGCCAAUGCAUCUCUUGCUAAGCUUGCUGCUCAAGGCGAGCGUCUGCAUAACACAGAAAGGAACAUGGACAUAGCGGCAAACCACAACAAGAAGGCGGAGGAGGGUGCCAAGGAGCUGAAAACCGCCAACGGAAGCAUGUUUGCAGUUCACAUCGCCAACCCAUUCACAUCUAAGAAGCGCGCGGCAGAACGAGAUGCGGCGAUUCUCGACCGACACCGCCAAGAGCGCGAAGUUCGCGAGGCAACCAGACAUGAGGCUUUCAAGUCCAACCAGCGAAUGGAAGAUACCUUCAGGGAGAUGUCGCUGUCUGGUCGUCCUCAAAAGGGGGCGGAACAACAAAGCAAGCCAGCAGGGAAGUCCCAAUUCGAAUUAGACGAUGAUAGUAGUGACGAGGAGGCCGCCGCUCAAGCACGGGAGGAGGAGAGGAUGAUUGACGAAAAUAUCAGAGCACUUGGCGGCUCGACUGGGCGUAUUCAACUAGCAGCGCGCGCUCUAGGAAGAGAGAUCGAUUCUCAGACUGUUCUCAUCGACAAUAUUGCCAAGAAGAGCGACGCUGUCGAUGACGGAGUUAGGAUGAACAGAGAGCGUCUGAACCGCAUCAGGUGA